AUGUUCAAAACUCCACUUUUAAUCCUUUCCUUCCUGCUCUCACCAGCACUGCUUGUCACAAAAAACACAGAAACUCUGCUGAGGAUAGAUGCUAGCGCAGCACCAGACUCUAAUACCAGUCUUCAGCACCAUCUGUGUGGUCUGGGGACCAGGGAACUGGUCUCAGACACUGUCCUCCAGCUUUCAGGAGGUGUUCACCACCUCAAGGAAGAUUCCUUCUGUCUCCUCCAGAAUCUUGAGAAUAUCACGAUCCAAGGCCAGCAGACCCAGCCCAGGACUGUAAUCUACUGUCAGAGCGAAAGAAAGUUGAGACGAGGCAUUGCCUUCUUCAAUAUAUCCAGCCUUCGUCUCUCCCACCUCCAAAUUAUCAAUUGUGGUAGGGAGGUACCCAGUGGAUUACCUGGUCACGUUAACAGUACCUUUGCAUAUCUUGGUCCACUGCAGAAGGCAGUUGUGAUAAUUACUCACUCAACUAAAAUAGCAGUCGAGAAUGUUAGCAUUGACAGGUGCUUUGGAUUUGGUAUGCUGUUCAUUAACCCACUGUGGCACACUACGAUUCAAAACUUAUCAGUAUCUGGAACCAACAGCAAGAGUCUCAGUGGAUGUACACACCUUUUGAAGAGGAGUGACAUGUUGUGCUCAGGUAGCGGUGUUGUAUUCAUCUUCAGUGAUACAGACAUUACACAAAGGCUGGUUGAAUAUGAUAACUAUGCUGCUGCCUUUCUCUCAAUAGUUACGUGCUCGUUUUUCAACAACACCAACAUGCUACCCACCGACCCUCUCCUCGAUCUUCUCCACACAGUAACUGGUGGUUAUUUGACAAAACCCAUACUUUUGACAGGGGGUUUCUCUUUGGCUGUGUAUAUGGGACAGAGGAACUACUUUGUUAAUGCCACAAUCAUCAAUACCACGAUAGUUUCAAACACAGGAAACCUGGCCAAUUUCAUUGUGGUAAACUACAAUACAAUCCGUACGAGCAAAACUCAGCUGGAUGGAGUUGUUGUUAGUGACAAUAUUGUAGUAGGGAAUACAGGGAGAGGCGCAGGAAUACUCAUUGUAGGAGCACUUUUCUUGGACUUGCUUAGCUCCUUCUCACAAUACGAGGAAGACAUCUAUGAUCUCGUUGAGAUAAAUCACUCCCUCUUCAGUCGCAACAGGGCCUACAUUGGGGGAAGUAUUUUAUUGUUUAUGACACCUCAGAAUGUGUCUGAUGCUCGACUAGUUGUCAGAGACACAAUCUUUACAGACAAUGUUGCUGAAAUAGGACCAGCUCUGUACGUCUUUAAGUUUAAGUCUUUGAUCAAUAACAAAGAAAUCUACAUUUAUUUAGAGGAUGUAUUGGCUUCAGGCAAUACCUUCCCUGGAGCAGAAGUCUCAGAGAAUUCUCCAGAGAAUGCUGGAGUGUUUAUAAUCAGACAAGUCUCCAAUGUAACAAUUGUCGGAACAGUGGACGGAAGGGGCUGCCUCUUUCACAAUAACAGUGUGAGCGUGCUCUUUACAGUGGCAACAAAUGUAGUGCUCCGUGGCCGAAUCACCUUUGAGGAUAAUCACGGUUUCAGAGGUGGUGCUCUAAACUUGGUAGACAGCUCUAUCUUGUUUGUCCACAACAACUCCUAUAUCAGCUUCACCAGAAACACUGCGUUUCGAGAAGGUGGUGCCAUUUAUAUAAACACUCUAGGAUCAUCCGUCACCGAUGCCUGUGCUAUACAGUUCUUUGUUGAUAAGCAAAUCAACAUUCUAAAUGAGGAGCUAAACUCGCUAGACCUCUCAUUAGUCUUCUCUAACAAUAGCGCUGAAGUUGCUGGCAAUUCAGUCUACGGAAAUCCACUAUACUACUGUCAGUUCUUUCCCAUCACCUCCAUAGAAUAUAUCUCCCACAUACUGCGUGCUAUUAACCAGGCGAUUUUCUAUGAAGAAGUGUUUGAUUUCCAAAACAUUGUCGGGAACAAUCUCUCUGAGCUGAACUCCAUUGAAGAGUCUAUAUGUAUAUGUCUGAAUGGAACAUUCUCAAGUAGAUUCUGUGCCCUCUUUCAUGCACUGAAUCACUCUGUCAUCCCAGGAGAUACAUUUGUCGUGUUCCUCAAUCCUGUAGAUGUUGUAGGAGCCCCUGUGGCCUCUCUCCUCUACUCCUUCCCUCGAGUCACCAACUCCUCCAUUGGAGUAAGUCUUGAUUCCCACCAAGACAUACGACCACUCUCUGGACUAAUCAGCAAAUGCAGCCCUGUGCAGUUCACAAUUUUUGGCCCUGAGGAUGUUACAGUGUACAUCGAUCUGUUUGCUACUUUAGGUAAGGAAAAGGCAACUGUUGCACUAAACACCUCCUUUUGCCCCCCUGGUUAUGCACUGGGCUCCAAUGAUGGCAGUAGUAGACUAUUAUGCCAGUGCAGCGAGUUUAUCAUAACAAGACUUGGGUCAACGUGCAGCUUUACUAACUACACGGUAGCUAGACCUAUAAACUACUGGGUAGGAACCAAGAGGGAGGAUAGUGGCCGUCACAUCAUCCAGUUUGUAACAACCUGUCCCACGGACUACUGCAGGAGAGAGCUGACUCACGUUGACCUGAGAGUGGCUGACCACAUCUGUGCAGAGGGUCGGACAGGCACUCUCUGUGGUGCCUGCAAGGAAGGUCUCAGUUCUGUCUUUGGCACAGCUGAUUGCCGCAAAUGCUCAAAUGUAUGGCUUUCCCUCCUUCUCUUCUUUGCACUCAUUGGAGUUCUUAGUGUAGUCGUCGGUCUUCUCCUUGAUCUCACUAUCACACAUGGACUCAUCAAUGGUCUCUUCUUCUACUCCUACAUUGUGAUGCUGUUCCGUACUGUCAUAGACACUUUCACAUUUGUCAGCAUUGUCUCUGAAAAUGAAAAAGAGAAAAGUGUUAUCUGGUUCUUUGACGGAACUCUGGAGGCCAGCAACCCCACCUCAGUGUUCCUUAUUCUCCUUGGCUCUAUCACCAUGGCCGGCUUCAUUCUGCCCUAUGUGUUUUUCUUCACCUUCUCCACCUACAUCCAGCGGUGGGUGAGAUCCACUCGACUCAAUGCCUAUGUUGAUGCAAGUCUUGCACCAUACAAGGAAGAGCUGCGAUUCUGGUUUGGAGCGCGACUGAUUCUUACCUCUAUUGUCUACAUCAUCAUUGCCAACCGUGGCACGAACAACCCAAACUUGACCCUAACUCUCGAACUCAGUCUUCUUGUAGGAUUUGCCAUCAUCCAGACCUACAUUAGCCCAUUCAAAGACGCUGGAGUGGCACUUGUGGAUAUGUCCUUCUUUCUCAACCUCAUUGCUCUGACACUUGGAGCUUCAUACACCAUCCAAAAUGCUAAGAGGUUCUCUGAUCAGGAAAAUUUAGUCAAUGCAUCUGUGAGCAUCACCUUCAUCACUUUCAUUGGGAUCGUUCUCUGGCACUUGCUGAAGCGGCUGCGUAACAAUGAGAGGAUCAGGAACAAGACCGACCAGAUCUUUGUCAGUGUUUCUAGUAUCUUUCUGUAUCUGAAGCUGAGAAUCAAGAAAGAGACAGUGAUCAAGAGGAAAGAAGAGGAUAGUUGCGCUCGUGACAUUGGAGAUACUGAAGUGUUGCAGAGUGUUCGGUACGUUUCUGGGCCCUCGGAGCCCUUUACAGCAUCAACCGUGAUAUCUCUACAGGACAUGACGGCAGCUCCAGACAGUGGCCAGUCACGGCAGCCUUCACCCUCUCAACUGAGAGAGCCUGUUCUGGACUUCCUUGAGAAAUAACUAAUGCCCACUGCACAGCACAUUUUGGGAC